GUUUCAGUGAUCGUGCUCCUGGAUGCCAGUUGCGCAGAACCUAAAUCAUUUGGGGUAUUGGUUUGUCACAAUUACCCUGCCUCUUGGGUCUUAUCUGUUAUGCUUCUUAUCAAGCGGUUAUCACUUUGCUCCAAAGAUAUAUUGCAUUUUGUUCCUAUCUGUAACGGUGUGUGUUUUUUUGUAAUUAUGAAGAGGCUAUCUCGAGAGGGGAGGACAAGGUUUUGACACGGAUGGAUUCAACUCCUCCGAUCAGAGCGCGCGGUGUGCUUACAUUUCUAAUGGAUUAAUACCUUAGGUGGUAUUGCCAAACAUGUCGUAACUAUUAGUCUAUAACCAUCAUAUAGUUUUAAUAGCGAGGAUCGAGUAUUGUGUGCUAAGUAACCUAGCCUUUCGCCUAUCAUUUUGUGUCAUGUACGCGAAUACGUUUCAAAAUGAAACCAAGCCCCACAUCAAGGGCUAUGUUGGGUUUGUAUUACGCAGUUUCCCAGAGGGGCAGACAACACCCUCACGAUUUUCUAGCCCUACGGUGUAUGGAAAGUGAUCCUGGAUGGACCUGGGCGAAAACAGCUGGUCCAUGGUCAAGCAAGAAGUGUCCAGCAGCCCAGGGUCACCGGCUGAACAGAGCUACUUACACGGUGGUCAGGACAGGAGGGACAGUCACGGCCACGCGCACGACUCGGAGGGACUCAGGUCACCGCCGACAACCGAUCAACUUGACUUAGUGGGACACCGGCGUGACGAGGGGCCAGGUAGACCAUCUCUACACUCCUACGUUCACUUCGGACACGGACACCACAACAACACUGCCCUGCCCACCACAGAGGACAUCACGCUGUUCACGGAUUUAGACCAGGGCAAUAAACUAAUCAUCUCUAGUGGAGCACACCCGCACCACAAGGGGGGCCUUAUCGUCGACCCCAGCGACAUGUAUCAAACACUAGCCAUCGCGGCGGCCCACCAGAGCCAGGCGGGGUACGACUCGCCCUCUGGGGGCUAUAUGCACUCCAACCCCAACUCUCCAGUCUAUGUACCGAGCUCCCGGGUGGGACCCAUGAUAUCCAGCCUCCCUUAUUUGCAAGCCAGCGGGUCUGCACAGCCUAGUCAUGCGGUCACAAGCCAUUCAGUCUGGUCGCAGUCUACUCCGGAGAGUCCCUCCUACAGCACCGGGAGUCCUCAUACCUCCAACCGUUUCCAUUACCCUCCAAGCCCGCCAAUGAACAACGUAGCGUCCAGGGAUAACGGCUACAGUAACCCGCUGAAUGUGGGCAGUCGAGACCAGUACGGUCUCCCGCGGCCCCUCGGUGGAUCCUACGCCAGUCCCUACUCCCCGUAUGUUGGACCGCAGCUAUCCCAGUUGUCCUCGCCUUGGCCUGGAGGACCAUUCGAUAACACCAUGUUGCACACUUUGCAAAGCAGAGGUGCGCCCUUGACGAUUCGAGGACCCAAUGGAGAUAUUCUCGACGACCUGGGAGAGAGCAGGGAAUGCGUCAACUGCGGCUCCAUCUCAACGCCGCUCUGGAGACGCGAUGGCACGGGCCACUUUCUCUGCAACGCCUGCGGCCUGUACAGCAAAAUGAAUGGACUCAGUCGGCCAUUAAUUAAACCACAGAAGCGGAUGUCAUCAUCCCGGCGAAUCGGCCUCUCCUGCGCCAACUGUCAGACGAGCACAACCACCUUGUGGCGCAGAAACGCAGAAGGAGAACCGGUCUGCAACGCAUGUGGGCUCUACACAAAAUUACAUGGAGUACCUCGGCCGCUCGCCAUGAAGAAAGAGGGAAUUCAGACGAGGAAAAGAAAACCUAAAACUUUGAACAAAACCAAGGGAUCCUCUGGAAAUAGUGAUUCAGUCGUCAUGACUCCGACGUCGACGUCUUCUUCCAACUCUGAAGACUGCUCGAAGAACAGCUCUCCCAACACGCAGGUCCAGUCCUCUGUCCUGAGUGGACCAGCGGAUGGCUCAGGCUCUGAUGGCUCUGCCGUUGUGAAGUACCCAGGCCAGGAUAGUCUCUACACCAGCGUGGGCCUCACCCAGUCUCCAGACAUAGCCGGCUCCGUCAGGGGAGAGUCCUGGUGCCCCAUGGCUCUUGCCUGAGUCACGAGCUGGGGAUGAAACCCACCACACUAUCCUCUCUCGCUCUUUGGAUGUCCUGCUGCUGUGUGGUGGAAAUAUUCUGUGCCUUGAUGGUUCUGGGUCUGUUUCCUACUUCCCAGCUAACAACAGUUGGACAGAGACAGCCCCCCCCCCCUCCACGCUCAUGCAAGUUUGAAACGUCUGUGGAAUAUUUGGGAUUGAUUUCCAGAAUUAUGAGAAAACCUUAGUGCCUUAACAGAAAGUGAGAGGAGGCCUGUUGAUGCAUUCUUGACACUGCAGUUCGGACGUGUUCCGGACCGACCUGCUGUUCUCUCUCUCUCUCUCUCUCUCUCUCUCUCUCUCCUCUCCUCUCCUCUCCUCUCCUCUCCUCUCCUCUCCUCUCCUCUCCUCUCCUCUCCUCUCCUCUCCUCUCCUCUCCUUCUCUCGCUCAGCUAUGGAGGUGGAUAAAAUGUCUGAAAUGAACCUGUACAUAAUGUUAUGGAUUCCCCAACUCAAGACAAAGGUGGUUAAUUGGAUAUUAGUGCUUAAGAAAAGCGCAACCAUGCAUACAGAGGACAUUUUGAUUAUCAUUUUUUUGCAACUGGAAUCAAGCUAUCAAGUUACCAAGACAACCUUCCUGAAUCAAGAGAAAGUAUUUAUUAAUCUUCCAUUGUUGAACAUAUGACUAUGAUUGUUAAAUAAAGAUAUGGACAUAGAGUAGAACUGAAACAACAAAAAAAUCUUAUAUCUUCGUUUUUUAAUAUACUUUUGUAUUUCCUUCUCUCUUGUUGAGUUAGUAGUUGUUAACAGUGAUCGUAAAUCUGCACGUUUUUCCACUGAUAGCUCUUACUGUAUCUGACUGAAACUCUUGGUUUUAAACAGGGUAUCAAAGACUGCGACAUCCUAUGUCGGUCAGUUUUUGUUUUGAAUGAUUAACUCAAUUCGCAAAUAAUUAAAUCCUACAGAUUAAAUUAAAAUGCUGUUCACUUUAUGGUACUAUUUUUUAAAGAAAUUGGUAGAAGUGGGGGGGGUUUAGGCGAGGAAAAGAGAGAACAUGUCCGCAAAAUCUUUGACACGUGUACAACAGCAAGCUAAGUACUGUUUGAAUGAAUGGCACCCACAAUUGUUUUAUAGAUGCAUAUUUUUGUUUCAAUACAAAAGGGCAAAAGAAGACUGCUGCAAUAUUAUCUGGCUGCAACAAGACUACCUAACUGGUAGAAACAGUAUACAUUUAUACAUGCAUUUGAUGUUUAUAUAAAAUUUGACAAAAAUGAAAUGAAAAGGCUAAAUAAGGUCAACAUCAAAUACUGUAAUGUUGCUAUAUGGACAAACAUAUGCGGAAUUGAUAAAUUGCCCCUAAUAAGUUUUGGUUGAUAAAAGAGUAAUGGCUGUUCCUACAACCAACUGUAGACUGUCAUAAAACAAAAUUAGUCAAUGAGUAAAAUGUUACACAUUUACACACGGUGAUGAAACUGUAGCUUCAAUUGAGAAUAAUCUUAAACGUGUGAUUUAUGCCAACAAUUAUGUUUCAGUGACGUGAAAAUAUUCAUUUGUAGGUAGAAAACAACCUUUCACUGGUUUCAAGACAUAAUGACCUUAUAUGACAAAUCACUGUUGAUUUUGGUUUGACUCAACACGCAACAAAAAGUGGAAUACAAACGCGCCCUUGUACUUUUACUCAAAAUAUGUCAAAAGCUCUACAGUACAUAUUCCUGACUUUCAACUUUUGACGUGGAAAUAUGACUUUCCCAUUCAAUACACAGAUCAUACUGUAUGUCUCCCUCUCCUCCAGCAGGCGUGUGAAUGGCGCCUCGCUCAGCAGAACUCUCGGUGGAUCCAUUUUAGGGCCAGACAAAUUCCUCUCGUUCUCUGGGGAACGUCAAUUUUCGGUGGAAUGAAUCUGAAGGUCAUUGUGAAACUGCCGUUUUAAAAUGCAUUUCAGUUUCACCAUCAGGGUCGUUCAGCUGAAACAGGGCCUGGUGAUAGUUUUUUUUCUGGAUUUAUUUAUUUUUUGAAAUAUCAUGUUUAUUAAUAACAUUGUUUUUCCUAUUUCUUUUUGGUUUGGAUAUUUGUAUUUCUUUGGUUGGUUGUUUUUAUCCUUGAUACAGUUGUAAAUGAUAUUAUUUCAAUAUUUGAAAUAAAUUGUUCUGUUGAUAUGUGAAUUUUGGAAUAAUUACCCAUCUUAGAAUAUUUUAAGGAAAUCUACACGUUGUUGGUGUGUCGUUGUAUCACAGUGUUUUUGUGGUAUGUGCCAGAGUUUGCAGCAAGAGUUUUAGCUCCAUCUAGCCAAUUGCUGUGAAGGUACAUAUAACAAUUUUGAAAUUGUGAUAUUAAAUAACCCCUUAUAUUUGAAUAAUAUUUAGACAUUUGUUGUUAUAUUGGCAUUAAAUAAAUUGGCAGUGGUAUUCCUCACUUACAUUAUUUCACCUCAUGAUUCAGGGUGGUUUAAAAAAAGCUAGUAGCCUACGGAUAUUCCGAAAUAUAAAUCGCCCUAGCCUACUUUCCAUUUUUUUUUGAACUUGUAUGAAGAUUUCCACUAUAUUACUUCAUGCUGGAAUAAUAAACCAAACGUUAUCAAAUCGUUUAUUAAAACUGUGUAUUACAGUUUGUACAUUUUUAAGAUGGUACCUUCAAGGGAAAUAUGUUAUGAGAAGCUGCAAUGGAUCCCCGAGGGUUUUGAAUUUCCAGACAGUGUUGGUCUAGUUGUUUUCUCAUUCUGUAUUAAAAUGAGCCUUUCCUCUUA